CUGCAGAUCAUUUGAGCAGUGCAACAACAUUGACUCAAGAAUGUGUCUUCUUAAUGUUAAAUUACAUAUAAUCGCUACCCCUAUAAUUGUGUAUUUGUCAAAAUGAUCCUGGACAACUGAUCAAGUCUUCGACUAUGUCAGACAAACUAACAUGGUUUGUUAGAGAUUAGCAACUAAGGUAAUCAGAAAGCAGCAUUUGCUUUGACUCCAAGACAACUACUCGGCCAUCAUGAUUCUAUCUCGGGUGAAGCCUGCGGUGGGCGGCGAUGCUCCUGUCGGCGUGGCUGAAAAGAAGCGGAAAAACAAGACGAAGAAAAUUCCUCGAGUGGAGGAUUACUUGAAUCAAAGGGACUACAUGGGCGCACUGACUCUGCUGGAGUUUCAGCCGAAUGGUGGCGCCGUCGAGGAGCACCGAGACCUUUGGAUUGGCUACUGCGCCUUCCACCUCGGAGACCACAGAAGGUCAAUGGAGGAAUACAAGGCCCUUACAUCCAAGCCAGACUGCCCCCAAGAUGUGUGGGUGUUCUUGGGGUGUGCCCUCUUCUUCCUUGGCCUCUACAAGGAUGCGGAAGAAGCUGCAUUGAAAGGUCCCAAGUGUCAACUUCAAAACCGCCUCCUCUUCCAUUUGGCCCAUAAGUUCAACGAUGAGAAGAAGUUGAUGGGCUUUCACCAGAACCUGGAGGACGUUACAGAAGACCAGCUGAGCCUGGCCUCCAUACACUACAUGCGCUCACACUACCAGGAGGCCAUUGACAUCUACAAACGAAUACUCCUGCAGAACAGGGACUUCCUCGCCCUGAACGUGUACGUGGCGCUGUGCUACUAUAAGCUGGACUACUACGACGUGUCACAGGAGGUGCUGGCCGUGUACCUGCAGAGCAUCCCCGACUCCACCAUCGCCCUCAACCUCAAAGCCUGCAACCACUUCCGCUUGUACAACGGCAAAGCAGCAGAGGCCGAGUUGAAGAACUUAAUAGACAUCUCCUCCAGCUCUUUUGAAUUUGCCAAGGAGCUGAUUCGGCACAAUCUGGUAGUGUUUCGCGGUGGCGAGGGGGCAUUGCAGGUGCUGCCACCUCUGAUCGACGUCAUCCCAGAGGCUCGACUUAACCUGGUCAUCUACUACCUCAGACAAGAUGAUGUUCAAGAGGCUUACAAUCUUAUCAAAGACCUUGAGCCCACCACACCCCAGGAGUACAUUUUAAAAGGCGUGGUCAAUGCUGCCCUGGGCCAGGAGAUCGGAUCUAGAGAACACCUAAAGAUUGCUCAACAGUUCUUCCAACUUGUGGGAGGGUCAGCCAGUGAAUGUGAUACGAUCCCUGGGCGGCAGUGCAUGGCCUCCUGUUUCUUUCUUCUGCGGCAGUUUGAGGAUGUCCUCAUCUACCUGAACUCUGUCAAGAGCUAUUUUUACAAUGAUGACACGUUCAGCUUCAACUAUGCACAAGCCAAGGCGUCCUUGGGGAACUACAAAGAGGCUGAAGAGGUGCUCCUGAUGAUCCAGAAUGAGAAGAUCAGGAAUGACUAUGUCUACAAGAGCUGGCUCACUCGAUGCUACAUCAUGAAUAAAAAGGCUCGUCUGGCCUGGGAGCUGUACCUGAAGAUGGAGACCUCCUCAGAGUCAGUCAGCCUCUUGCAGCUCAUUGCCAACGACUGCUACAAGAUGGGCCAGUUCUACUACGCUGCCAAAGCCUUCGAUGCCUUGGAGCGGCUGGACCCCUGCCCCGAGUACUGGGAGGGGAAACGGGGAGCCUGCGUGGGCAUCUUUCAGCUCAUUCUGGCCGGGAGGGAGUCCAGAGAGACCCUGAAAGAAGUCCUCCCCAUGUUGAGAAGCACCGGCAACCCGCAGGUGGAGUACAUCAUCCGGAUAUUAAAGAAGUGGGCCAAAGACAACAGGGUUUCCCUAUCAUAACCCUUCCAAAAGGGAUGUGCAAAAAUGAAUGGGACUUAACAGCCUUUUGUUACUUCUGUCAGCGUAACACACGUUACAGGCAGGCAAAUGGGUAUUUAUAUGUUUGUCAUCAUGUCACUGAUUACGUACUUAAUUAAAAAUGCAAAUGGUGGUGUUUUGUGAACUUUGUAUCGAGAGUUGUCAAGGACCUCUGUGUAACAUGUACUGGGGUCACAUAUGCUUCCUUCUACAUUUCAUUUCAGAUGGAAAGAGUUUUAUGAAACUGACAUGUGUACUCUAUGAAGACAUACAUUUUGCGACAGACACAUUGCAAAUAAAUGUAUUUAUCAGUAUUUUUGCCCACAGCAACUUAAAUCAAAGUAUGAUCAAACCAGUAGUUUGCUGCUGGAUGAAUGUCAACUACAUUCAACUAAACUAUAUGUUUUGUUUCUGAAGUCUUCAAUAUACCAGUGUAUUGUUCUGUCACAUUUUAUACAACCUAUAUGACUCAGUAAAUAUUUUUAUUGUAUA